AUGGCUUUGAGUUCAGACUCUUCUUCUCCUUCACCAUUGGAGUGGAAGUUCUCUCAAAUCUUCGGUGAGAAACUCCCCGGUGAAGAUGUACAAGAUAUUGAUAUCAUAUCUGCUGUUGAAUUUGAUAACAAGGGGAAUUUCCUAGCCGUAGGAGAUCGAGGUGGCCGCGUUGUGAUUUUUGAGAACAAGUCUGGUAACCAUGAUUUACUUGAGCACACUUCUCGGAGUGAGUUAGAGAGACUGGAUCUUGUUCCACAGCAUCCUAAAUUCCAAUAUAAAACUGAAUUCCAAAGUCAUGAGCCAGAGUUUGAUUAUUUGAAGAGCACUGAAAUUGAAGAGACGAUCAACGAAGUGCAGUGGUGUGCAACACCAAAUGGAUCAUUAUUUAUUCUUUCAGCAAAUAAUAAAACUAUUAAAUUAUGGAGGGUCAAGGAUCAUAGAGUGAAGAAAGUUAAAGAAAUGGAUGUUACUCCAUUUGUAUCUUCAGAGAAUUCACUUAUGGCAGAAAGUAGUUUUAUUAAUGGGAAACAUAAACCAAAUUUUGCCAAUGGUCACUCUUUAGAAUGGACAGAGAAUGUAGCCAACAACAUGUUCACAUCCCAUUCAGGGCAUGACAAGGUAACAAGUUUUGCAGAUGCAAAUCCUGCAAGAUGUAGAAAAGUGUAUGCCCAUGCUCAUGAUUUCAAUAUUAACUCUAUCUCUAUGAAUAGUGACGGUGAGACAUUUCUUUCUGGAGACGACCUAAGAAUUAAUUUGUGGAAUCUAGAGGUCAGCAAUCAGUGUUUCAAUAUCAUUGAUACAAAGCCUGAAAAUAUGGAAGAUCUUAUAGAGGUAAUUACAUCAGCAGAAUUCCAUCCCUUUCACUGUAAUCUGCUCGCUUACAGCAGUUCAAGAGGAUUUAUUCGGCUUGUAGACAUGAGACAAUCGGCACUCUGUGAUCACAAUGCAAUGAUAUUGAAAGAUGAGGAAUCCCAUGGGCCAAAAUCGUUCUUCACCGAGAUCAUUGCAUCAAUAUCGGAUUUGAAUUUUGCAAACGAUGGAAGACAUAUAUUAAGUCGUGAUUAUAUGAAUCUAAAGCUGUGGGAUAUGCACAUGGAUGCCCGUCCACUUGCAACAUAUAGGAUUCAUGAGCAACUUCAGCCUAAGUUGUGUGAAUUGUACAAUAACGAUGCAAUUUUCGAUAAAUUCGACUGCUGCCUCAGUGGAGAUGGACUUCAUUUCGCAACUGGAUCAUAUAGCAAUCAUCUGCGCAUAUUUUCUAAUGGAAUUGGGAGCCAAGAAGGUGUAACAAUGGAAGCCAGCAAAAAUCCAUACAGGAAGCUUCAAGCCCAGACUUCUAGAAGAGCUCGACGAUCAUCUUUGAGCAACUUGACUCGAGGAUUUUACCGACAAGGACACGACGAAAGUACAAGAAAUGAUGAGUUUUCCUUCAAUUCAAAGUUGUUGCAUCUGGCUUGGCAUCCAACAAAGAAUUUGAUUGCUUGUGCUGCCAAUAACAGCUUGCUUAUGUAUUAUGCAUAA